UUUUAGUUUUGUUUAGGCUACCGUGCUCACUUAGAGGAUAUAAUACUUUAUUAGAAGAACUGAACAAAUUGGGAACAAAUCACAACUGAAAAUGACUACAAAAUAGUGAUGAUAAACCUCAAGAGAUCUUCCUUUGGAAAAAAGAUCAGUGAAGACUGGAACUGCUAGAGGGAGGUGCAUAGCUGCAGGAGUGCUUAGACAGAGGAAACAUCUUCCUGUAAGCGAGAGGAAUAGGUGAUUUUUCCUGCUUCGUCUAUGGGCAGAGAGCUGGGAGUCCUGGGGGUUCAUCAGCCAGACAAAAGUUCCACUUCAGAAUUCAUUUCCUUUGAGCUUUCACAGCACUAAUUGGAGUAGGAGCUACAGCUCAAAGAAAAUGAAUGGCACACUGGAUCACCCAGACCAACCGGAUCUAGAUGCUAUCAAAAUGUUUGUGGGUCAGGUCCCACGCAGCUGGUGUGAGAAGGAUCUAAGAGAACUCUUUGAACAGUAUGGUGCUGUCUAUGAAAUCAAUGUCUUGCGGGACAGGAGUCAAAACCCUCCUCAAAGCAAAGGGUGCUGUUUUGUUACAUUUUAUACCCGUAAAGCUGCACUAGAAGCACAGAAUGCUCUUCACAAUAUGAAGAUCCUCCCAGGGAUGCACCAUCCUAUCCAGAUGAAACCAGCUGACAGUGAAAAGAAUAAUGCAGUAGAAGAUAGGAAGUUGUUUAUUGGAAUGAUAUCCAAGAAGUGCAAUGAAAAUGAUAUCCGAGUGAUGUUCUCCUCCUUUGGGCAGAUUGAAGAAUGCAGAAUAUUACGGGGCCCAGAUGGUCUGAGCCGAGGUUGUGCAUUUGUGACUUUUACAACAAGAGCCAUGGCACAAACAGCAAUCAAAGCAAUGCACCAAGCACAAACCAUGGAGGGUUGCUCUUCUCCUAUUGUGGUAAAAUUUGCAGACACGCAAAAGGACAAAGAGCAGAAACGAAUUGCUCAGCAACUCCAGCAACAAAUGCAACAGAUCAGUGCUGCCUCUGUAUGGGGAAACCUGGCUGGUCUGAACACACUUGGACCCCAAUACUUAGCACUUUAUUUGCAGCUCCUUCAGCAGACAGCAGCUGCUUCAUCUGGGAACCUGAACACACUGAGCAGCCUCCACCCUAUGGGAGGACUGAAUGCGAUGCAGUUACAGAACCUGGCUGCGUUAGCAGCUGCAGCCAGCGCAGCUCAGAAUACGCCGAGUGGCACCGCUGCACUCACUUCCUCCAGCAGUCCCCUGAGUGUGCUCACCAGCUCAGCAGGUUCCUCACCUAGCUCCAGUAGCAGCUCCUCUGUUAACCCAAUGGCUUCUCUUGGAGCAUUGCAAACGCUGGCAGGGGCUACUGCAGGCCUCAAUGUUAACUCUCUAGCAGGAAUGGCAGCCUUAAAUGGAGGACUUGGCAGUAGUGGUCUCUCCAACGGGACAGGUAGCACAAUGGAAGCCCUCACCCAGGCCUAUUCUGGAAUCCAGCAAUAUGCUGCCGCUGCAUUGCCCACACUCUAUAAUCAGAGUCUCUUAACACAGCAGAGUAUUGGUGCAGCAGGAAGUCAAAAAGAAGGUCCAGAGGGAGCCAAUCUGUUCAUCUACCAUCUCCCCCAGGAGUUUGGGGACCAGGAUCUGCUGCAGAUGUUCAUGCCAUUUGGAAAUGUCGUCUCUGCCAAGGUUUUCAUUGACAAGCAGACCAAUCUGAGCAAGUGUUUUGGUUUUGUGAGUUACGACAAUCCUGUCUCUGCACAGGCUGCCAUUCAGUCAAUGAACGGCUUUCAGAUUGGCAUGAAGCGUCUGAAAGUACAACUCAAGCGCUCUAAGAAUGACAGCAAGCCAUACUGAGCGCCCCUCCCCUCCGGGACUGGAGUGAGAAGGAUCUUCUGAUUCCUGCCGUUUGUUCAUCGUUGUGCCUAAAGCAUGUCGAUGUGGCGUUCAAGUACAUCGUCCAAAUCCUUGUCUCUUCAGCUUCUCUGAUGCUUGAACUCUCACCUUUGACCUUGUGUUGACCUUUGAUGCUGAUGUGUAUUUUUAUUAUGUUUGUUUCUUUCUUUGUUUUUGUUUUUUUGGGUUUUUUUUUGUGCUGCCAAAUUGGUUUUGCUAGAAAGACUGCUGAAGGGGAAUAUUUAAACUUGCAUUUGAAUAUUAAAAAAAUUUCUAUUUUUCUAGACCUUCGUAAGAUAACCACUUGAUUUUGUGAAUCUGAUUCUUUGUAAUUGUCUUCAGAGCAGCCUUGCUAGCAUACCUUGUGGAUUAUUUGUAUUUCUGUGAACAUACAGCCAAUCACUUUCUAGGCUUAGUUUUUCUGUGUGCUUAGUUUUAAAAACACAGUUUUGAAGAAAAAGUCAAUUAUAUGGUGUGACUCAAUCUUUCAGGAGGCUUCCUAGUCACAUUUUGCUGAUCUGGUUUCUGUGCUUGAGGAGACAGCAUGUAUUUUUGAGUUCAAACUCGUGACUUGAGUGGCAUCAGCAGAAAACACUUGAACUACACUUUCUUCUGAUUGUAGCUACAUUUUUGCCCUGGCACUUACUGAUUCCUCCCCCCCCUCCCCCCCUUUCCCUGUGUGAUUCUCAGUCUGCAGUGAAAAUUUGAUCAAAGUUGAUGUUGUAUUUUGUUAAGCCCCAGCAUGCUUGUUUUUUCGUAACUACAAUCUCCUCAGCAAAAUGUGAUGGUUUUGUUUUAUUCUUUCAAACUAAGAUAGUGCCCAGAAAUAUUUUGCAUGUUUCCUGCUGUUUUCUUCACACCCUCGUAUAUAUCGCCUUCACCUCUGUUUUCUAUAGUUUGUGCAAAAACUGAGCAAUUUAAUGGGUUUCAAAGGUAUCCUUUUAAAUUGGUGUUUUUGGUAUAACAAAUGUCCAAUCAGAAGCCACCUGAGGGCAUCUACCUGUGCACUUAGACUGUCUGCCUGACAAAGCACCUGGACCUUGCUCCAUCUCCGGAGCCGUAGGAGGUGCCUGGGGGCUGGGUUGCACUGCUCCCGUAGCAGGAGUUUUGGUGGAAGGGAAUAGCUGGGAAGCAGGAAGGUGGGGCAACUUCACAGUAUUUCUCUUUCCAAAAUUCUCUGAAAUGAGGGCUCCUUCGAAACACUCUUUACUAGUAUUUUAUCAAAGUUGGGGCACAUUUUUUGUGAAGUCCAGCCCCAGUUUAAUACCAUCAGUCAGACCUAGGUGGCAGGAUUUGUGAAGACUCUGUGUUAGCUCUUGAAAUAAAAUGUUUGGAAUAUCCCAGAGAAAGCGUUUGUAAACCUGGUCACACAACUGCUAGCUCUUUCCCCAAGUGACAAGCACAAUACAACAGCCUCUGAAGCUGUUACCUGAACAGGGUACCAUCCCCAGCUCUCUUCUCAAGGGCCUUAGCUGGGGAAUCUCUACGGAGAUUUUUUAGGUUUUUUUAGUUUUUAAUUGGGUAAUGAGCUAAGCAGUUUUCUGCCUCACAGCAUGAACUAGGACAGGUUACCGCUUUCUGGGUGGCAGACUUCCCCCUACCCUACAUACGAUCUGCACAGGUAGCAACUGGGAUGUAGCUUCUAGAUGAAGGCACCUGGAAGAGUGUUUGCUGUGGUGAAAUUUCAGUCCCAGGGAGAAGUGAGCUAGUGUAGGUGCCUUAACAGGAGAAAAUAGUGCAGAGUGAAAUCCCAGGAGAAGGGGAUUUGCUGAGAAAAUAAAUGCUCUUUGAUUGGGUAGAAAUCUUAUCUUUGUCCAGUGCUCGGGAUAAUAAAGAUGCUAAAGGAUUUACUCUAUUCUACUGCUGAGUUGGCUGAGGAUACUAUAAUUCUCAAUAGACAUUGGUUAGAUUUGUGUAGACAGUCCUUAACCUGCAUAUAAAAGACAGAACAUUUUUAGAUACGGUGCAUAUACCUGGGAGUGGAGUGCGAGGCUGGAUGAGAAAAGGACAGGGACUUGUUUAUUUGGGAGGUAGGGUGGCGGGCUGGCUGCUGUUAGUCCCACAGUCUGAAUGCACAGGGCUGUGUGUCAGUGGGGGGCACUGAUACCCUGCAGUGUAUUGAGUAACUGCCAAUAUGUUUCUGUACAUGCGCAUUUGGUUCCAUAAGGAACUUCGGGGAAACCUGUGGAAAACUAUCUGAAGAAAACCAAAAUGCCAAACGUUGGAUGUUUCUUUCCUUUCUUCUUUCCUUUUCUUCCUUUGGUUGUUUUAAUUGUUCUGUGGUGGUUUUAAUGGAUUUGAGACAGUGGAGCAGCAGCUGCCUUUCUGAUUUUUGGCUGCUUUUUGUGAAUAAUUUAAAAAGAAAACUUACAUUUUGGAGACAAACCUGUGGGCUUUUUUAUUGGUACAAACAUUGUAUUUAACACUAGGGGUUUUGUACAGUUUUUUGCCUUUUCUACUAGAAAACAAUGUAAAGUGAUUCACAAUGUGAUGAGAAAACAAAUUGCCACUAUGACCAAAUGUAGAGUCUGUUCUGCAGUAACGGGAUUUAAUCAACUCGAAGUCGUGGUUCAGUCGUAGAAAUGCUUUUCUUUACCUUGUUUGAGCUGUUCCUUUUUUCUUGUUUUGAUUUGCAAAACAAAAUGUCUUUUUGUGUGAAAUUGUGUUGUACUCUGUAGAGAAUUACGGAUUUUACUUUAAUGGUUUAAAAAGCAGAGGAGCACGUGUUGCUUUUCUGAGCUGAUCGCAGAGUUUGUGUAGUGGAUUUAAAAAUGAAAAGAUUUGUUACAAGUUUGGAACGAGCGAGUAUGUGUUAAAGGAAUUUUCUUCCUUUUGUGUGUGUUUUUUUUUCUUUUUGUCCCAAAGGGCAACUUAAAGCUGUUUUAAUUGCACAGACACACCGACAACAAGUCAUUUUGUAUAUGCCAAGUGUGGUACCUUCCUUUGUUUAUUUGCUAUUAAACUGUUUGAGAAGA